CUCUCAGGCGAAGGAGAGAGAUCGCAGUGGAAGAGGAGAGAGAAAACCCUAGACGAACGAUGCGCACUCGCUUCCUCGCCACGGACUACUUCGUCCCCCAAUCGGCGAGCGAAACCCUAGCCGAUCUCCACUUCCUCCCGCUUCCUCCUCCCGAUUUCUCCCAUUCCGAUCUCCGGUUCCACUUGGAGAUCCCUUUCUUCGAUCUCGAUGAGGAUCUACGCUUUGAUUCCGAUAUCGAUGCGUUUCCGAUUGAGAACGCCCUCUCGGAGUUCCUCUCCGACGUUGUUCCUCGGCUCCGGCAAGUGGAGGAAGGGGAUAAUGAAACUUCUACCACUCCGAAUCAAAUCGUUUCUCCAGAAGAGGUAGUAGCUGAUUUGGCAACUGUUCUCGAUCACAAGUUCUCUUCCUAUUUGUUCAAUUUUCCAGGAGAUAAAUACAUGCAUUGGAGAUAUCAGGGAAGCCGAUUGGAGAAGGAACUCCAGUUUGAAAUAGUGGAGGUGGAGGCUCCCCCGAUCAAUCCUGUGAGUUCUUGUGAAGAAGGAAAGGGUAGUUUUAGGCUGAGCUUUGGAGUUCCUAAUAUUGAUGUUCCUCUGGAUAUAAUUGACAUUGAAGUUGGAAUAACAAUAUCAUACCCUCAUAAGGUUGCAAAGUCUAUUUGUCUAGUGGAAAGUAUUCCUUCUGAACAUACUGAAGAUCAACAGCAUUCUUGUAAAGAUGGCAGUUCCUCUGCAGACGCACAUUUAAAUUUUAGCAUUAACAUACCUCAAUUUGAGGUCACCAGCAAUUCUGUGGAGCUUGAUGUCUGUACAUAUAGCAAAGAGAUAUUCAACUUUCUGCUUCCCAUUGUUGAACCAUGGCAUGGGUCGCAAGGACAGGAGUUGGUGGUUGAUGCAAAAGAUUUUUUGGGAGCAACUGCUAUGGAUAUAUUAACCACUCUUUCUGGGGAUGCUCCAUCCGAGCACUAUCAUGGAGAUGAAAUGAUAUCUCUUAAUACGGUGUUAGAGAUGGAGAGAGACUCUACUGAAUUGCCAUUCUCUGUUAUGUUACAGGAAGUCCAAAUAAUUGAUUAUCCUUCUGAUAAUGUUUCUGAAAUAUUUUCCAAUUUGGAGACAGCAAAAAUGGAUGUUUCUGAUCAGAUGCUCGAAAUUGAUACGGACUUUGCAGGAAGCUUAUAUGAAUCUAUGGUUAGUAGUGAGCUGGCUCUGGCAGAUGAUACCUUCAAAUCAUUACCUACACCUAUUAUUUCUGAUGAUAAAGCAGCUACAUUAUUGACCACAACCAUAAGCAAUAUGCUACAUAGCCUGAAACCACAUCCUUUGUCUGCAUGUGAUGGCAUAUACUUGGACUGGCAUCUUUUGCUAGAAGGAACAUGCAACCAUGAAAUCUGCUCUACAUAUGCCAGCAUGGUAGAAGAGGUAAAUAGGUAUAAUUUAACUUCUGAGCUGCAAAUUGACUUUAGGGAGAUGGUAGCUACUGACAUUGAUUUCUUGGAUGAUUCUUGUGAAAGUGAUAGCAUAAUAAAUUGUGAGGAAGUACCUACUAUGCUUCAAAUAGGUGGCCCUCAGGUACAUCAUCAAUCUGCUGCAGCAGAAAUAGCUCAGAAGCAGAAACAUGAGAUUCCCAGUACUAAAAGCACUGAGAAGAGUGGAAUUAUUAACUCAGAAAAGUUUCCUUUCUUGUUUGAGUCUAUGUCACAAUCCAAUGAUCUAAAUUUCUUCUUGGAUGUGAGAAAAGGCAGUACCAGGAAAGUUUGUGAGAAUGAAAAUUCAAGAAGAGGUAAAUGCAGCACACAACCUGCUAUUUCUUUAAAGGGGCCAUCUAAAGGGGGUGUCACCUCUCACAAAAACCCUGGGCAAUGGAACAUUAUGGUUCAUCAGAUUAUCCUCUCAGAUGAUAUUCGAAGCCUUGUUGGUGCUCUCCAUCAUAGCUAUUUAACCAUCUUGGAAGAAAGCACUUAUCUAAGCAAAGUGUUUCCAAUUGAAGAACUUCGAUCCAUUUCAAAGCAGAAGAUGCAAGAGCUGAUUGUUUGUGAAGCAGAAAAGCAGUUCAAUACUGGCUGUAAAUAUAAAGAAGCUGGGGAACUAGUCACACUCUUUGUGAUUAGGCAGCUAGCUUAUUUCUUGUGUUUUUUUGGUCUCCAUAUUGCUCAUCUAUAUAUAAGCAACGUGUCAAGAAGUAUUGAGGAAGUUCCCAGUAGACUGACAGCUUUUGAAUCUUUAAUUGAGGAUGCACGCUUGAAAUCUGAGAGGCAAUUAAUUGAAUCACAUCCGUCCUUGUCUUAUAUUGAAAAAAUUCUACGGUCAAAUUGCUUAAGUGAUCGAAAGAUUCUUGUUGUUGGUGAGAAAGUUUUUUGGCUACCACUGACUCGGAAAUUAACCGAAAUGAAGAUAAAAUACCAUGAAGUGAAGAAUAACCGUUCCACUACUUCUGAACUGGGUACAUCUGACAGCAGUUGGUUCACAAAUUUUUUGUUGGAAGAACUGCUGCAUUCAGACUGUUUACUGAUAAGCAUCGAUUAUAUUUCAGCUUCAAUUCCUUUCAACAAGUUCAGCAUCAUAUUGGAGUAUGGAGGUCCAAACACAUCAUCUAGAUUGUCCUCUCUGGUUUCUAGUUUAGAUGUUUUGCCUCCGGUUCACUUCCUCCAUGUCAAAAUGGAUGAUCAAGAUAUUCCAGCUGUAUUUUUUGAAGGCUAUGGUGUAUCUGCGCAUCCACAAUCCACAUCGGGGAUGGUCUCAUAUUCAGUGCAGACUCUGCAGGCAAAUUCAAGCAAAAAACACCUAGUUGAUGCCCUAAACUUUGUACCUACAGAUUGUGCAAGUAGUUGUAUAUCUUCUGAAUCUGCUAAUCAAGUAGAUGCCUCUCGUGAUAAUGAGUCUGCCGUAAGCUUACCACAUAUAGAAAAAGAUAAGAAUAUGGACCUGCGAAGACUGUCUUUCCCAGAUGUAGUUAUAAUUGUCAAUACUCAAAAUUUUGGAAAGAAAAUGCUCAUUUCUCGAAGGAGCUCAUAUCAAAAGAUUCUUGCUUUGGAAAAAGGAGGUGCACAAGUCGUGGAGCGAGAUAUCAAUCUGCCUUUGGACUUAAUCUUCAGUGCUGCAGUUUGCCUAGUAUGGUAUGUAACCAGGACCUUUGAGGACAGAACACCAACAACAACUCAAGAAUCUUCUAUGUCGAUGUUCAUGGAGAACAUUGCAACGAAUGUUCUGAUGUCACUUAGUUUUUCAUUUAGUGGCUGCAUACUGAUAUUCGAGGGAGAAAGCAGCUUCCUUGCCUCUGUUAUGGAAUCAUCUGAUGCACUCUAUGCUGCAGCUGCCACCCUGGAUGUGAAUUUGCAGUUAUUUUGUUCAUAUACACCCGAGUCAACUGAUGAAAUUAUUCUCAGCUGUAUUAGGAAUGUUACUGGUUUAAAUCGAGGCCUUUAUCCACCAAUGCCUGAAUCAGAAACUCUUGGUGAAGCCUUUCUUACCAGAUUCCCUUCUAUAAAUCCCCUCUCAGCUCAUGUGAUACUUUCAUCUGGUGGUUCACUAGUGGAGUUUCUUGAAUGGUCACAUGAGCGCAGAAUUCAGGCUGUUGGGAAUUAUCUUCUACCAGAUGAAAGUAUUUCUCUCUUUAGUGCUUUAUGUAGAUAUGGAGAGAUUGGCGAGUCUAAGUCAGUAAUGACAGAAUCUUCCUCUAUUGGUUCUGAUAUCAGUAGUUCAUUGUUGCAGUCACCACGAAAAAGGAAGAAGUUUGCCUCUCACACUGUUGUUAUGCCUAUUGAUGAUCCGUUAACUGAACAAGCGAACCAAUUAUCAAGCAACGGCGUAGAGCUGCCUCAGGUACUCCUGACACAUGAGCCAAGAAUAUUUAACAAUAUGCAGGAAAAUUUGAAAAAGAUCGAACAUGGUUAUCAGACUAUAGGUAGGAGCCAUUGGAAUGACAAAGUUGGGAAUCAGUUUCUCCAUGAAGACUUUGAUGAUGAGAUGAUUCAUUUUAAGUACACCUUGAAAGAGAAGCCUUUCGCCAUGUCAAAUACCUCAAUUUUUCCAUGGAGACCAAAAUCAAGAACUGCAGUUAGAAGCUCAGUGCCGACCAGUAGACUAGCAUUCAGCACUUAUGGCCAUCAUAUAUUGCCGACCACUUCAGAGAUCAAUGAUGGCACACAUAAUUGGAAAUCUUUGAGGGACGAAGAUCAAACUUGGGCAGACAAGGUCUUUGAAGAUGUAGCAAGAAGCUCUAGAAAAGAUGAUACACAUCAUCCUUAUUUGGAAAGUAAUUUAAUGCAAGACUCCCUUGGUCCUCUUGGUUUUUCAAAUCAAAAUAAACUGCCACCCAGCUAUCGUGCGAAUUCAUGUGUUAAUAAACGUCCACAACUAGAUUCAUGCUGGAAAUUCGACUUUCUUCAUGGGCCGAAUGAGACCCAGGAAACCUUGAAGUGCAACACAUGCCACACCUGCCCUACUAGUUUAAGAAAUAAAAGCACACCUUCUAAAAGUCGAAGCCCUUCUGUAAUUGAUAAUUACAGGUAUCAGGGAGGCAGCCAAGCAAACAAAACAUCCAAGCAGAAGAAGAGGAAGGAUAUCAAGGGCCAAUCAAGUCCAAAUAAUGGAAAAAGGAAGAACCCUACAUUUAUUAGCCCAACUUGGACACCCAUUGACAAGAGAGCAAGACAGAAUUUGUCUUUUGCAAGAUACGGAAAUGAAAAACAAAGCAAACUGGUGUGGAGGAACAAAAACAGCUCUGAUACAGAUUGUAGCUCGAGGAAAAGAUAUCGAGUUGAAGCGGCUGAAACUCGCAAGCUAAAGCAACCAACCUUCGGCUUGCAUGCGCGAAAAGGCCUUUUCUCGAGCCCGAACCCGGCUGGACGGCUCUCUCUCCCGUCUGCGCCCGAGACCAAGCCAGAUCGCGUUUUCGCAUCAGAGGAACAAUACAGGCCUGCUUUUUCUAUACCUUCAAUGCUCUUUCUAUUUCUGCUGCAUCUAUCAAUUCAACCAAGCAGUAUUACUUGGCAUCUAGGGCUGUAAACAUGCCAUCUAGUAGAACAACAAA